AUGGGUCGUCUACUAGGUCUAGAGCUGUGCAACUUCAAGUCCUAUAAAGGAACCGUCAAAAUAGGUUUUGGAGACUCGAAUUUCACAAGUAUCAUAGGACCCAAUGGAUCGGGAAAGUCUAAUCUGAUGGAUGCAAUCUCGUUUGUGCUGGGAGUCAAAAGCGUGCAUCUGCGAUCCCACCUGCUGACCGAUCUUAUUUAUCGUGGCAGUUUGGGUGGAGGAGAGGAAGGUGGUCAGUCAUUGUCAAGUGAGGAAUCGCCCGAUCAGCCGUCAAGUGCAUAUGUCAAGGCAUUCUACAGCCCAACAAACAGUUCUGACGAUUUUGUAGAGCUUUGUCGAAUUGUCACCAGGGGCCAAGACAGCACCUACCAGAUUGACGGCAAAACCAUCAGUUACAAAAAAUACAGUGAUUUUCUCGAGAGUCAAAACAUUCUCAUCAAAGCACGCAAUUUCCUCGUGUUUCAGGGUGACGUAGAGCAAGUAGCGUCCCAGAAGCCCCAGGAGCUCACCGCUUUGCUCGAACAGGUUUCGGGUUCCAUUCAGUACAAGCACGAAUACGAUCAACUGAGGGAAGAGCUCGAAAAUACGAGAUCUUCAACUUCAGAGCUCAUUCAGUCUCGAAAACGCGCUCAUGCUGGUCUCAAAAGUUUCAAGGAAGGCAUCAACAGAGAUGAAGAGUAUCGCAAGUACCUUAGAGAACGCCAAGAGGUUCAGCAGCGUCUUGUGGUUUGGCAGUUGUUCCAUUUGGAAAAGCGGAAAGAAGCCCUGAGUAAAGAAAUAGAAAGUUCAAAAUCCGAGUUAGGCGUAAUUGAGUCUCGCUUGAGUCUAGAAGAAGACCUUUUGAAAAAGCAGCAAACUUCCUUUGCAAAAGCUCAAAGCGCCAUCCUCAAACAGAGACUACAACUUUCAGCGAAAGUGAAGAGUAAAGAGUCCUUAACAUCAUCAUUGCUACCCAUAGAUAGUGCAAAAGAAAGUGUUGUGAAACGAAUUCAAGCUGCUACAGACAGGAUAGAGCUUUUGCAAAAGGACGUCGACAGGCAAGAAUCGCUGAUCAAACAAUACUCCCACCAGCUAAAUGUGGUGAAUAAAGCUAAGGUCAGUGCUCGCAGUGAGAUGGAUGAAGCAGCGAACACGAGUGGGGACUACAAAUUGAGCGAUGAGGAUUUACAAACUUACGAAAAGCUCAAAGAAUCUUACCUAAGUUCUGGUGGGUCGAGUUUCGAGGAUAGAUUGCUUCUGGAAGCGAACGACAAACGAGAGCUGCUUGACGAGAUGGAUCUCUACACUCAAAAGCUCAAUGAGUCGAUGGAAAAGGUUAACGAAGAGCUGGGACUGGAACAGUUGAGCUUAGAAGCCGAGGUCGAACAAUUAGGGAAGGAAGUGAAAGAAAACUCAGCACAGCUGUCGAGCUUGGUUAAAAGACUGAAAAGUCUUCAGUCACAGGCUGAAUCCAACAGUAACAAAGAGUAUGAAAUGAAUUACAAGCUGAAAGAAACACUGGUCAAGCUCGAUGACAUGAAUGCUACACAGAGGGAAACAGUGAAGGAGCGAAAAAUCAGAGAAAACGUUUCGACGUUAAGACGACUAUUUCCUGGAGUGAAAGGUCUCGUCCACGACUUGUGUCGUCCAAAAAAGGACAAGUAUGCCAUCGCAGUCUCCACUGUGCUCGGAAUGAAUUUCGACUCAGUCAUAGUAGACAACCUCUCGGUCGCGCAGCAAUGCAUUUCGUUUUUGAAGAAGCAGCGCUCUGGAAUAAUAUCAUUCAUUCCUUUGGACACAAUAUCAGUCAACAAAAUUUCUAUGCAUUCUGCGGAUGCAGAAGGUUCAAUGCUGGCAAUCGAUGCCAUUGACUACGAGCCGGAACUGGAGAAAGCUUUCGAGUUUGUUUGUUCAGAUGCAAUCCUUUGCGAUACACUAUCAAUUGCCAAGGAUCUCAGAUGGGGAAAAGGUGUGAAGUCCAAGCUUGUCACUCUUGAAGGCUCCAUCGUACACAAGGCAGGGCUGAUGACAGGUGGUACGUUGAAAAGUUCAGGAAAUAGAUGGGAUAAGGAAGAAUAUCAGAAUCUCAUGUCAUUGAAGGAUACCCUUCUUCGCGAGAUUGCAGAAAUCUCCUCUUCUACUCGGUCCGACCUCGAGAAGAUUAGGGAAUUGGACAACUCGUUGUCCUUGAAGAGUACAGAUUCUGCGGACUUAAAAACGAGAUUCUCUCAUACACAAAGAUUGUUGAAGGAAAAGCAGGUAGAAAUCGAUUAUCAGAAAGAACUUGCAGAACAAGAGUUCAAGCCGCAGAUUGAAAGACUACGCAACAAAGCUGAAGAACACGAAAGAAAAAUCACUGAAGUGCAAGUACAAAAGAAAGCGCUUCAAGAUUCCAUAUAUGCCGAGUUCACGAAGAAGGUUGGAUUUACGGUGGAAGAAUAUGAAGCCCAUUCGGGUGAGUUGAUGCGCAAACAGUCUGAAGAUUUGCGUAAAUUGCAGAUGCAAAUUGUCACAAUUGAAAAGAAACUGGAGUUCGAAAACGAAAGGCUCAAGGCAACACAGGAACGCCAACAGAAAGCUCAGGUGGAUGUAGAAAAGGCAAAAUUAAGGCUAGAUGCCCUUGAAACGAGUGGAAACAAAAUCACGGCCCAGAUCUCGGAACAAGAUGCAGAAAUACAACAAGAGGAAACUCGCUUGGAGCAAUCACAGCUGGAGGUCAGCAAACUGUCUUUAGGAUUGAACUCCCUGGAGGAGACAAUUACAGAACUGACCGAUAGCUUGCACAGCUGUAGGAGCCAGCAUGCCGGACAGUCCGAGAAUCUCGAAAAAACGCUUUUGGAAAAGAUAAGCAUUCUAAAGAAUUGCAAAAUGCUCAAUAUUGAACUUCCGGAGGGUUCUUCUUCGCUCGAGGAAAUCUCACUUAACAAAGUGGACGACGAUGCCUUGCAAGUCGCGAAUAAUAUCGUUAUUGGGUUCUCCGGAUUGAGCCGCAAGCUUCGUCAAAAUGACACAGACGAGGUUGAAAAAGAUUUGAAGAAAAACAUCGCGGAGCUAGAAGAGCUGCUUGCAGUGCUGCAACCUAAUUCCAAAGCUGCUGGAAGGUACGAGGACGCCAAGGUCAAAUACGACCAAAUUUUCGCAGAAACGGAACGCAGUAAGGCCGCAGAAAAGGUCGUCAACGACAAGUUUUCUGCAGUGCGUAAUCUGCGAAAGGACGCGUUUGAGAAAGCAUUUGAUCACAUCAGUGAGACGAUCGAGGGCGUUUACCGCGAGUUGACACGUGACCCGAAUUCGACUGCAGCUCUUGCCGGUGGACAUGCGAGCUUGACGUUGGAGGACGAAGACGAGCCAUAUUUGGCCGGGGUACGGUACCACGCCACACCGCCUGCUAAACGUUUCAAAGACAUGGAGUAUCUUUCUGGCGGUGAGAAAACAAUUGCUGCGCUGGCGCUGUUGUUUGCGAUCAAUUCGUUCCAGCCAAGCCCGUUUUUCAUUCUAGACGAGGUCGAUGCCGCCCUGGACAUCUCCAACGUCGAGCGUAUUGCCACUUAUAUCCGGCGACAAGCACGCUCAGACCUGCAGUUUAUCGUUAUUUCUCUGAUCAACACCAUGUUUGAGAAAUCCCAAUCUUUGGUCGGAGUUUUCCGCCAGCAGACCCGCAACACGUCUCAGGCGCUGACGUUGAACUUAGAAAACUACGCCGAUUAA